UAUUAUUCCCACAUAAUAUAUAGCCCAUUCGAUCCGCGAUAAGCUAAACAGCAAGUGAGAGCCGUUAAAAGCAUUUCGGCCAAGUGCAUAAACCGCAGAAACGUCGCGUUAGCCAACUAAAUCAGUUAUCCCCCCAACAAAAAAACCAAAAGUGUUUGAAAAACAAUUUUCAAAAAAUUCUAAAACAAUGCCAAAGGCGUUUUAAAUAAAAAAAACCAAACAUUAUGUCGAUUGUCUGCACGCUGGAACAGAAAGUGAACUUUUUCAAAGCGGCUGCAACGACCAAAAAUCUGCUGAUACUCAAGAACAAUACGGAUACGAAUUACAGCAACAACUAUAAGCAGGAUAACUCCAACAGCAAUAAAUUUCCCCACCUGCAACAACAACAACAACAACAACAACAACAGCAACUGCACCAGAAGCUAGCGCAGCUGCAUCACUACAGCCAGCAAAAGCUGAGCGGCAGUGACUUUCCCUACGGGCCACGCCCCCCAGUUGGAGGAGGCAAGGAGGAGUCGCUGCUCCUGUUAGCGCCACCUGCGAAACUCUAUCCGGAGGCAUCUGUGGCCAACACUGCAAUGCCCGAGGUCCUCAGCGGAACGCCCACCAACAGCCACAACAAAGCCAACAUCGCCAUGAUGAACAACGUCCGGCUGUCGAAUAUAUCGCCGACCCUGUCGAUGAACGGCAGCUCCAACGAGGCAUCUAAUUUGCAUCCCUUGUCCAUGUACGGAGGAUCCAUCAGUCCGCAGUCGAAUGACAGCGGGAUGUCCGACAGUCUGGGCAAGUUUGUGCCUGGCAGCGGCUAUGGAGACAACAUGAUGGGUCAAUCGCCCUCGCAGGGUGGCAAUGGACCCCAAUCGGCGUUGACGGCGGCCCAAAAGGAGCUCUUUUCGCAACGCAAGCAACGGGAAUUCACACCCGACAACAAAAAGGACGAGAGCUACUGGGAUCGGCGGAGAAGAAACAACGAGGCGGCCAAGCGAAGUCGGGAGAAGAGGCGCUACAACGACAUGGUUCUCGAGCAGCGCGUCAUCGAGCUGACCAAGGAGAACCAUGUGCUGAAGGCGCAACUGGACGCCAUACGCGACAAGUUCAAUAUCUCCGGCGAGAAUCUGGUCAGCGUGGAGAAGAUCCUGGCCUCGCUGCCCACCAGCGAACAGGUGCUGAGCAACACGAAGCGGGCCAAGAUGAGCGGAGGAGGUUCCUCCUCGGGAUCCUCACCGUCGGGCAGUGGAUCGGGUGAGGGAUCGCCGCCUAGCAACCACAAUGGCUACCCAGUGGGUCCACCACUCUCGCCCCUGAUCUACGGACCCAAUGGCAAUGCCCGGCCAGAGGCCACGGUGAAGAGUGUCCAUCAUGUCCAGCUGGCUGUUCCUCCGCCUCCUCCGCCGCAGCAUCUCUUAGUUGUGCCGCAGUCUCAGCCGCAACAGCAUCUCUACCAACCGCAGCAGCAACAUCUGCCUCAUCAGCAGCAGCAGCAGAUUCCCCAGCCUCCACAGCAGCAACAGGAUGCCAGUCCCAGUGCCAGUGGCUCACCAGAUCCUCACCAGCGCCCGCCAAACAGCAGCACCAUUGCCAAUCUCCAGGUGCAACUGCAGCAGGCUUUGAAUCGGAAUGUGAGGCCCGAGGAUCUGGACAGUCUGCGCAAGGCGGUGGCCGCCGGAGCUCUGUACAAUGCGGUGGCUCAGCCACCACCUCCUCCGCCCGCUGGUCUCUAUGUGCCCGCUCCUGCCGCAGCCUCCUGGAGUCACAAUGUGGAGGCAACGGUGAGCAGCAGUGCCGUGGAUGCGGUGAGCAGUUCGUCGGUGGUUAGCGGCGGAAAUCCCGCAGCCAGUGUGCUGAAUCUUUCGCGCAGAGCGGCAGCCUGUUCGCCCAGCUACGAGCACAUGCUAUCCUCCACCACAUCCUCCUCCUCAUCCUCUGCUCUAUCCUCCGCCUCUUCAUCGGGCGCCGUUUCCGGCGAUGAUGAAAGGGAGGAACCACUGCAGCAGCAACUCCAGCGGAGCAGUUCGCAACAGCAGGGCAGCGAUGCCAACAAUUGUCUGCCCCUCAAGCUGCGCCACAAAUCCCAUUUGGGCGACAAGGAUGCGGCGGCCACGGCGCUGCUCUCCCUGCAGCACAUCAAACAGGAGCCCAACUGCAAUCGAUCAUCGCCGCCGGCCUGGAACGAUGGUGGUGACAACUCCAGCGAUGAAAGGGAUUCGGGCAUCUCCAUCGCGAGUGCCGAGUGGACGGCGCAGCUGCAGAGGAAGCUACUCACUCCGAAGGAAGCGAGUGUGGUCUCCAGUGCGGAGCGGGAUCAGAUGCUCAAGUCGCAGCUGGAGCGUCUGGAGUCCGAGGUGGCCAGCAUUAAGAUGAUACUGGCCGAGUAACCUCAGAGUCUCAGGAGAUGGAG